CUCCAGGGACCUAGGCUAAGCUGCGCGCGCGUGUGUCGGCGCCCCAGCGAGAUGAGCGGAACCGGGUCCGCCGGCAUGGCCCGGGGGCUGCGCGUGGACGGGCUGCCACCGCUACCCAAAAGCCUGAGCGGGCUACUGCACUCGGCGGCGGGAGGCGCGGCGGGCGGCUGGCGGCACCUGGAGCGCCUGUACGCGCAGAAGUCGCGCAUCCAGGACGAGCUGAACCGAGGGGGCGCGGGCGGCGGCGGGGCGCGGGCGGCCGGGAUGCGGACCAAGCCCCCCAACCUGGACGCCGCGCUGGCGCUGUUGCGCAAGGAGAUGGUCGGCCUCCGACAGCUGGACAUGUCCUUGCUCUGCCAACUGUACAGCCUCUACGAGUCCAUUCAGGAGUACAAGGGAGCAUGCCAGGCAGCCUCCAGUCUGGACUGCACCUAUGCGCUGGAGAAUGGCUUCUUUGACGAUGAGGAGGACUUCCAGGAGCAGGGCUCUCUGCAGGACGGGCAGCACCGCAGCUCUCCCAGGGACCCGUCACCCCUUACCCACCUCUCCAGCAGUGACUGGAUUCUGGAGUCCAUCUAGUGCCUCUGGAGGGGUCUGUCAACACAGACUGGCAGCCUCUGUUUCAGCCUCUUCAUGGUGGACAGUCUGUGGGCAAAUGGGGACAUGCACCACUUGUUUAACUUGUGGGUGUGGAGUUCACUGACAUAGGGGACAGCCUGCUUAGUUGGCUGCAGGGUCUUACGGGUGACCCAGAGGCAGGUUAGAAUAUCCUAGAUGCCAUUAGUAGCACCUGCUGGAAGCUCUCACUGAAGGGUUCCGUGUGGAAAGCCUUCACGGGCAUCGGGUGAGGCUGCGCUCAGCAGGCUUCUUUGUAGGUGACAGCUGUGUUGUGCCCUCUUUGGCUGAGGAACGCCACCCUGGCGUGUGGGAUAUGAAGAGCAGCGUCUGCCUGCCCGGAACCCGCAGGGCAGUCUGCAUCUCUUCUUGCCACCGCUUAGCCGUUAGCCCCUUUGCUCAUUUAUUUGAAAGCUGCAUCAAUGAUUUUCCAGGAACUCCUGAGAGCUUUCUAGAAGGAGGAAAUAUUCUGCCACACUGGUCAACUGCUUUUCUGCAACUACCAAAACUGACAUCAGGUAUAGGUAGAGAAAAAAAAAAAAAAGCACGAAUAUACAUUCAAUUCUAGGGUGGGUGGGUGGUGGGGUGAGGAAACAUAUACUGGGACAACCUAGUAUUUGUAUCACCUGCCGUGAGAUGGUGGCUUGUGGUUACAGACUCUGAUUGUAACUUCAGUGCUGGAAAACAUUGUUUCCAAGCAGUACUUACCCGAAGCCUUAAUAUUAUUUAUUAAAACGCUUUAUGAGAAUUUCA